UCCUUGAAGCGUCUUUUUCACCGGAACGUGUCAUUCAUCAACUUCCGGUGUCACGGGGUACCUGGGAGACGGAGCAAAAAAGCGGGCAUACCGAAAUCUUUAUUGUUUUCGCUUGGCUUUAAACAUCUAAAAGCGCAUACAUUCGACUUAUAAAGUCGAACAACUGCGCCUUAUGGGCCAGUGACCGUCCGGGAUUUGCAUUCGGCCUUGAAAAGAGUCUCAUUCAUUCGGCAUUCGUACUAGCUAGCUGACUAGCUAACGAGCUUCCACACCAGUGUUUGAAGCAGCAGGCCCAUUCUUCUGGACUUUGCUACAAGCUAGUUAGCUAACAUUAGCAGGCUAACCCAUGCGAACACGUUUUCUUUCUCAAUGAUUUUGUCUGUUACGUUAUAAAUAAAUACCACACCGCAAAUGUUUGUGCUGGUUAACAAUAUUUGGUAGUUCCAUUGUUACGUAAGUUGAUAGUUAAAGCAAACUUAGUUGAGCCACAUCAGUGAGGUACUUGUUUUUCAAAGAAAAGUGUUGUUCACUUUGUUGCUAGCUUAAGCUAGCCACCGCCAACUGAACAACGCAGUCGCUGAAAGCGUAGUAGCCCCAAACUCAGAGAGAUGUCGGACUUCGACGAAUUCGAAAGGCAGCUAUCUGAAAACAAGCAAGCUGAAAGAGACAAAGAGAACCGCCACCACCGCCGGUCCUCCUCUCGCAGCCGUAGCAGAGAGAGGAAAAGGAGGAGCAGAGACAGGGAUAGACGCAGCAGGGAUCGUCGCGGAGACAGUAAGGAUCGCAGACACAGACGCAGCUCACCAUCCAGCUACCCCCAGGACAAUGCUGGAAGCCGUUCUCCACACCGUGAGAAGAAGAAGAAGGUGAAGAAGUACUGGGAUGUCCCUCCACCUGGUUUUGAACACAUCACUCCAAUGCAGUACAAAGCCAUGCAAGCUGCGGGCCAGAUCCCAGCCACAGCCCUCCUGCCGACCAUGACUCCAGAUGGCCUGGCAGUUACUCCCACCCCUGUACCUGUGGUGGGCAGCCAGAUGACCCGGCAGGCCCGCCGGCUCUAUGUGGGCAACAUCCCAUUUGGUAUCACAGAGGAGUCCAUGAUGGACUUCUUCAAUGCCCAGAUGCGUUUGGGUGGUCUUACUCAGGCCCCUGGAAACCCUGUCCUUGCAGUACAGAUCAACCAGGAUAAGAAUUUUGCCUUUCUUGAGUUCCGUUCAGUGGACGAAACAACACAGGCAAUGGCCUUUGAUGGCAUCAUCUUUCAAGGCCAAAGCCUCAAGAUUCGUCGUCCACACGAUUACCAGCCCCUGCCCGGCAUGAGCGAGAACCCCAGUGUCUAUGUGCCUGGUGUUACUGUGUCCCCUGUAGGUGUGGUGUCUACAGUGGUGCCUGACUCGGCUCAUAAGCUCUUCAUUGGCGGCUUGCCAAACUACCUGAAUGAUGAUCAGGUGAAAGAGCUGCUGACAUCAUUUGGCCCCCUGAAAGCCUUCAACCUGGUGAAGGACAGUGCUACAGGCUUAUCUAAAGGAUAUGCCUUCUGUGAAUAUGUUGAUGUCAACCUUAAUGACCAGGCUAUUGCUGGGCUGAACGGCAUGCAGCUGGGAGACAAGAAGCUCCUGGUGCAGAGGGCCAGUGUGGGAUCCAAGAACGCCACUCUGACAAGUAUAAACCAGACCCCCGUGACGCUGCAGGUGCCAGGUCUGAACAGCUCAGUGACUCAGAUGGGUGGCCUGCCCACUGAGGUGCUGUGUCUGAUGAACAUGGUGGCCCCGGAGGAGCUGCUGGAUGACGAAGAAUAUGAGGAGAUUGUGGAGGACGUCAGGGAUGAGUGCAGCAAGUACGGCCAAGUUAAGAGCAUUGAGAUACCUCGACCUGUGGAUGGCCUGGAGGUGCCUGGGACUGGCAAGAUCUUUGUGGAGUUCAUGUCAGUUUUUGACUCCCAGAAGGCCAUGCAGGGGCUGACAGGAAGGAAGUUUGCCAACCGAGUGGUGGUGACCAAAUACUGCGAUCCAGACGCUUAUCACCGCCGGGACUUCUGGUAGAGGAGGCAUGAAGAGAAGAGGGAGGGAGGGGAGGGGAGGGAGGGGAGGGGACAUGUGCUGCCCAUUUCCAAAUCAGCCCCCUAAUUAAUUUGCAACAUUUCAGGUGGAUCUGUGAGUAUUACUCGUUGGCAAAUGGCAAAUGUGGUGGUAUUCAAUCUCCCAUCUAAGAUCUACAUGAAAUGUCCAGCAGUUAAAAUUAAAAUAAUAAUAAUUGGAAGAAGGGGGCGGGUUUAUAUUCAGUCCAUAGCAAAGGGGGGCUAGGUUUGGAUGGUGCAGCUGGGUGGGUGGGGGAGUCAAAGAUUUUUGAGAAAUGUGUGUAAUAAUAGGUCCAGGGUGGGGUCAACAAUUUUUAUACUUUGUGAGACAGGGAUGUCAUUGUGGGUGGGAGGGGGGUGCCACACUUUAAGGUUUGUAUUUAAAUGGAGGUAGCCUGUUUUAAGUACAUUAGGAAGGAGUUGCAGGAGGGAACUAACUGGACUAUUGUGAUUGAGAAGAGAAGUCGAGGAAACGGGAGUGUUAUUAGUGAAAGGGAGACGUGGGGGAGAUGGAGAGGAAGGUGAGGGCAUUUUUGUUUGACCAUCUAAUGUAGAUACACAGUAGCUGUAACAUCCACUUCAGUUGAGAGACGAGAUGAGAGUCCUCUAUUUUUUCAUUUUUUUUCUGUUUGGACUCAUUUCUUCUUGUUACUUCAUUUUCAUCAGACUACUGCCCCCCUCAGGACGAGUGUCAGAGAAUCUGUUGUCAAUUGGACUCUAUCUGAAUGUUAACUGUAAUUGUUCCAAUACUGUGUGUAGCUUCACUGAUUUGAGCUGUAAUAUCACCGUGUAUUCAGGCCGCAGAAUAACAUGAACUGCAGAAAAGAACGUUUCUUUUUGUCCUUUUUUUUAUUUUCUGUAACUUUAUUCACGUCCAUCUUUUGUGCUCAGCUUUUAACAGGUGAGAUUGUUUCUGUCUCAGCAGUUCAGAUCUGGUUUAAUUCAAGAGGAAGAUGGGGAGAACAGAUUGGUAUUCAGUAGUGGAUUUAUCUCUUCCUUACCAAAAAGCCUUAAUGUUAAUAUAUGUCAAUUCGCUAAGGAAAGAAAUUCGGCUUGCCCCUCUGUCUGUAUGUUCAUAGAUGUCGCCAUCUUGUACUUCAGCCUUUGCAUUAGUAGUUUUCAUUUUGUCCUGGUUUCCCAGCAGACUUGGGAUGUAAGAUGUGUUGGACCCGGUUGUUAUCUUUGUGCAACGUCUCACCUCUUUGACAAGACCAAAUAAACACAUGAUUAAUACCCACGGCUCAUGUUGUACUGCAGAGUGAAACCAAAACCACACAAUUUUUGUUCUGUCAUUUUCUGCCUCAUUUGUCAAAAUGAAAAACAUAAAAAAAAAAUCACAUUUGAUGGCUUGUACACACAAAAGAAAACGCAGCACUUGUUCCAUCUUACUAAUUGAAACUGUGCAAGCUUGAUUUAGAGGUGCGCCACAAAAAAGUUUGAAACUGCAAAUUGUUAAAUUGAAUUGAAGCCUGCAGACAAAGACUUGGUGUCUUAAAUUUCCACAAACAAAAUCAUGUCACUUUUCAGUGUUCAGCUCUCAUGAAAUUAUGUUACGGUAGUUGUUGGAUUGUUAGAAACUGUCCUUAGACAAAAUCUGCUCUUCUCUCAUCUCCCUCAUCUUCUGCCCUUGUUUCUCUGAGGACCACAUAUUCACACUGUACACGCUUGAGACUGCUUUCAUUUGAUUUGUUGGGUUGCUUAAGAUGGCACUGGAGAGAGAUUGUGUCUGUGAUAACACGAGAUGUUACUCCUUACUUUCUGAAAUCUGCUUUCAGUGUCACUGUGUCAUUUUCUUUUUCUUUUUUUCUUUCUCUGGAAAAAAAUGUGAUUUCUUAAAAUGAUUUAAAGCUAAAAAAAACACAUCUAGUUUAUAAAAAGCAAAAAGUCUUUCACUUGUCCAAUUUGUUUUCAAAUGUUGAUUAAAAACUGAAUUUACAUGA